UCUAUAAUUGUAACUGUAGUGAUAAAAUUCAUUGUUAUUGCUCAAGUAUUAUGCUAACAAAACAUGACUAUUUUGAUGUCCCCUAUUUCCUCGUUUUAGUAGUAGCCAUGAAGCCAGCUGGAGUAAGAGCUCGAGUAGGCGACAUAUGACAGGCGCUGGGUGUAACGUUAGCCCUCUACGGGUUCCACCCCCGUAAACCUUCUGUCCUGAAGCUACUGCACCGGGGCUCUGAGUCAUCUGUCGAAAUGCAUGUAUUGCUUCUGAAAGAACCAAGAGAGGGAGGCUCUGGACCAGAUCCUUACAUCAAGGAGCUGGCAUCGCGUGGACACGAAGCAACCUUAAUUCCUGUGUUGUCGUUUACAUUUGUUUCCUUGAACACAUUGUCAGACAAGCUGUUUCAGCCAGAACGACACGGCGGGCUGAUUUUUACCAGCCCGAGGGCGGUGGAGGCAGUCAAAAUGUGUCUUGAAGAUGAUGAAAGAACGGAACAGUGGAACAUGGACAUAAGAGAGAAAUGGAAUGCCAAGUCCAUCUAUGUUGUUGGGAAGGCUACUGCAGCGUUAGGUGGCAGGUGCAGCACUCUCUCUCGGUAUCUGUACUUUUCCGUUGACCUCUGAUUUAUUGGGAAGGAACGACAGGGUUGUUCUGUUAGCUGAAACGUUAAAGUUUGAGUGUAUUGAACUGUUAUCUGCACCAAAACACUUUAUAAGAAUGUUUAGGGUGUUCAUUCAUGUGUAGCAUAAUGACGACUACUGUAUUAAUGACAUAAACUACUACUGCAUUAAUACUAUAAACUACUACUGUAUUAAUACUAUAAACUACUACUGUAUUAAUACCAUAAACUACUA